UUACUCCUUAAUUCCUCUCCAAGGCCUAAACCUUUUAAAUUUUUUAAUAUGUGGAUUAAACAUCAUGAUUUUGCUAAUUUAGUAGCGCAGCAUUGGAAUCAAGUGAUUGAAGGUACGGCUCAAUUUUCCAUGGUGAGGAAACUAAAGUUGCUCAAAAGGCCACUUAAGAACCUCAACACCAAGGAAUUUGGACAUAUCUCCAACAAAGCUAAAGUGGCGAAAGAAGAGUUUAAAAGAUUGCAUAAACUUGUCCUACAACAUCCAUUGGAUGAGAAUCUUCAAUGCCAAUUGGAGGAGGCUACCAAGAGGGCUAUGUUUCUUAGUGAGGCCGAAUGUAAUUUUUUCCAACAAAAGGCAAAGGCGACUCACAUCCUUGAAGCGGAUAAGGGGACAAGGUAUUUUCAUGCGAUUGUGAAGAGGAAAACUACAAAGAAUACCAUUGCGGCCAUUACUCUUGAGGAUGGGAGUCUCACCACCUCUUUGGAGCAAGUUGGUAAUGAAUUUGUUAAUUUCUUUGUUGAUUUAUUUGGCUCCGUUGGGGAAACCCAACCAAUUGACCCAAGAAUUUUGGAUUCUGGCCCCAAAAUUGAACCUAGUGUUCAUGCUAGCCUCAUUGCCCCUGUUGAUAUAAAAGAUAUCAAAGCCGCGCUUUUUGAUAUUGGGGAUGACAAGGCGCCGGGGCCGGAUGGUUAUUCUUCCGCAUUUUUUAAAGCUAAUUGGAACCUUGUGGGGGAUGACUUAGUACGGGCUAUAAAGGAAUUUUUUCGUACGGGAAAGUUAUUAAAGCAAAUUAACCAUACGGUUAUUGCACUUAUCCCCAAGAUGACCCACUCACCAAAGGUUUCCGACUUUAGACCGAUUUCUUGUACCAAUGUGUUGUACAAAGUCAUUACGAAGAUUCUUGCCGCUAGACUCAUACCAUGCCUACCGGGCUUGAUUGAUCUAGCCCAAGGAGCUUUUGUUGACGGCCGCCUCAUGUUUGAUAACAUUUUCCUCGCCCAGGAACUUGUUAGAGGAUACAUGAGGAAGCGAAUCUCACCUAGAUGUAUGAUCAAGGUGGAUUUGCGCAAGGCCUAUGACACUAUCUCAUGGGAUUUUCUUCAGAAUGUUUUGCAGGGGUUGGGAUUCCCGGAGAAAUUCAUUGCUUGGAUCAUGGAAUGUGUAACAACCGCAUCGUUUUCGGUAUCCUUAAAUGGGUUGUUAUAUGGGCAUUUCAAAGGAAAGAGAGGAAUUAGACAAGGAGACCCGAUGUCUCCUUUGCUUUUUGUGAUGUGUUUGGAAUAUUUUUCUCGUAUGCUUAAUUUGAGAACCAAAGGGCCCAAAUUUAAUUUCCACCCCCAAUGUGCGUCACUUGGCAUUUCCCAUCUAGCUUAUGCAGAUGAUCUCAUUCUAUUCUCUAGGGGCGACAUUUAUUCAAUUGAAAUCUUGGUUAAUGCCCUUAAAGAAUUUGGUGAUGCAUCGGGCUUAAUGGUGAACCACGAUAAAUCGAAUAUCUUUGUGGGGGGAAUUAAGGAUAAUGAUCUAAGGGAGAUCAUGGCCCUUGUGGAUUUUGGGCGUGGCCAAUUCCCGGUGAAAUAUCUUGGAAUCCCACUUGCCCCACUUAAGAUCUCGGUUGCACAAUAUGCACCUCUUAUUGAUUCCAUUUCUGAAUUUCUUGUUGCAUGGAACACUAAGACCCUUUCCUAUGCCGGAAAAUUAGAGCUAAUAAGAUCGGUUAUCCAAGGGGUACAAUCUUUUUGGCUCCAAGUUUUCCCGGUCCCCCAAACCAUCCUUGAUAGGAUUGUUUCGAUUUGUCGUAUCUUCUUAUGGGGUGGGAAAUAUUCUAAAGUGGCUUGGGAUGACAUUUGCCUUCCAAGAGAGGAGGGGGGCCUUGACAUUCAUAAUGCUAAGACUUGGAACCAUGCCCUCCUUGCUCGUACACUUUGGGAUGUCCAUAGGAAAAAGGAUACGUUAUGGGUUAGAUGGGUCAAUGGGAUCUACCUCAAGGGUAGGAGUGUGUGGGAAUUCAUCCCACACAAUCGUGACUCAAUGUUCAUGAAGAAGUUGAGCCAUAUCCGGGACCGAAUUGUGGGAUGUUUUAACAACUUAAAUGAUACUAUUAUGGGACUUAAUGCAAGAUCUAUAAAUGGGAAGCUUGUCUCGGGAAAGAUUUAUGAUCUUUUAAGGGUUAAAGGGGAACCUAGGACUUGGAUGAGUUUUAUUUGGAAAUCAUAUAUUCCUCCUAAGUUCUCCUUUAACGUUUGGCUUGCUUUCCGAAAUAGACUACCUACCCAAGAAAAUCUCGAAUAUUUGCAUAUUGUUAAUAGAUGUGACUUAUGCAAGGGUGGAUUGGAAACAAUGCCACACCUAUUCUUUGUUUGCCCGUUUUCUUGUAGGAUUUGGGAACAAGUGAGGAAUUGGCUAGGCUUGAGGCAUGGCAUGACUACUAUUUGGAGCUCGGUCAAAUGGAUCCUAAGAGAGCAUAAAGGAUCAAAGUUGAAAGGGAAAGCGGUCCGGAUUG